GGUAAUGUUGCCAUUUUAUCUCAUCGCAGCCUUCGCGGCCUUCUUCUCGGCUCCUGGGGCUGCUGUUCUGCGAAGAAGAGACCACACAGGCAGGUGAGGUCAUCGAGAUCUCACAUUCCAUCGCAUGCGAUUGUGUCUGCUGGUUGUUCCAUUGCAGUGUGGCCAACGAAGGUUCUGCUAUCACAUUGUCACCAGCGGCCCUUCCCCUCUGCCCCUCUGACCUCCCCCAGCCCUUCUAUCCCCUGCUCUAUUCUGCCAAUGUGACCACACCUCCCCUCCCGCCCCUCCCCGGCCGCUCCAAGAUCAACCGCAUGGAUGCAGCUGACGAGAGGCGGCCACGCCGGCUUGGAUGGACAGACUACUUCGACUAUCGAUACGGCUGUGCGGACCCACACCGCCCUUCCGGUGUGGUUUUCAAUCAGCACUCGAGUGGCGGGAGCUUGAGCGGUCUGUCCAGUCCUGCUUCGUGGCAGUUCUACACGGUGGACGAGAAGAACCCGGUGUGGAUACUAGAGUGGGGUCAUCUGGCCGGCGGGCUGGGGGGGGACAGAAGGCUCGAAUGCGACGUGCCAUGCAGGCUGACGCACGACAGGUGAUGGUCUGCACACGCAGGAGGGCAAACACCGGUGAAUGUAUUUGGUGCAUCGUUGGUGUGUCGGGAUGAGACAGAAGUUGGGGAGAGAACGGCAAGGCGGAUAUAGUGGUGUUCGGUCCUCAGCAGCAAAAGGGUAUAGUGGUGUUCGGUCCUCAGCAGCAAAAGGCGGCCGAAGCGCUCCAGAAGUCUGGCAAGAAGAAGCCGCACCAGGCAAGCGCGUGCAAUUGUCGCGACAUUCCUGUUCACGUGAGCACGUGCAUCUGUGUGCCAUCCUUGUAUCAAUCAGUACUAUGCGGUGACGUCAUUAGAGUCGGAUAUCAACUUUGCGUAUCUUAAGGACAAGAACACACUCAUGUGGGAGGAGAAGCAUGGCUAGAGACACACACACUCAUCUGCGAGUCGUCCCCAUGAGUACAUAUCGCCUUUGAUGUCUGUCCGCCAUGCAGGCAUUUCGACCUGAAGGCCACGUACCAUCUUGACAGCGACGUGCCGCGCAUCUACUUCGGGUACCGUGGAUACGACUGGAUGCUGCCCCCAAGGGCGAAGAGAAAAGACAGACUCGUCAGCUUCGUCUCAUCCAGCUGCUCACCGAGGUAUGGAUGGGCGUACGCUACUCCAUCGCCUCAGACACGGGCGCAUUUCCUGUGUCUGAGGGCUCAUGUGCGCACGGCAGGAACGGCCGCACGAGAUAUGUCAUGUCGCUGUCUCAGUAUGUCCCGGUUCGGUCCUUCGGCAGCUGCCUGCGCAACGCCAGCUUCGCCGACAUCCUGGAGACGCCCAUCGAGAACAACCGUUGGCACGAGAAGGUGGUGAUUUUGCAGCACUUCAAGUUCAACAUCGCCUUCGAAAACUCUGACACACCCGACUACAUCACGGAGAAGUUCGGCCAGGUGAACCGAGAUCAAAGGACAGACAGACAGGAAGGAUAGAUCGGCCGUGACGCUUUGUUGUUUGUGUGCCCCCAGGCUUUAGUGGCUGGUACGGUGCCCAUUGUUAAGAGCCGAACGAACAACUAUGAGGCCUUUGCGCCACACCCCCACUCGUACAUAGUCGCCGACGACUUUGAAUCGCCCAAGGUAUGCUCGCCUGCCCACGAACCAAGAGACACAAACACACAGGCAGCGAUGGGAUCCUGCAGGCUUUGGCCGAGUAUUUGCUGUGGCUGAAUGACCACGAUGAAGAAUACGACAAAUACCUCGAGUGGAAAAGGGUAACAUAACAUCGAGCCCGCCUUUCUCUCCCAUGCUCUCGUUGCCUUCCGUCUGUCAACAUAUGUGUGCAGGUGGGCCCGAGCGAGUCGUUCCGUCGUCUGUUGGAGCUCAACAUCCCCGACAGCUCAUGCCACCUGUGCAGAUUCGCGGCACUCGCACGGGAUGUGGACGCGGGCUACGUCAACACAGACGCGUCCCGACCAGCCGCACAGAUAGCUGAGACAUAACGCCGAGUGUAUCAUCCGGCCCUCGUCUUGUGUGAUUACCAAUUAGGCGCUGUUUGGUCGGUCGGUCCAUGUGUG